GUUUGAUUACAACAACGUCAAGAAAAUUGGAUCGGGAACAGCAAGCAGAACAUUUUUUGGAGGUAACUGUUUCAGAUGGGGGCACAUCUCCCAAGCAGUCCUCUGUUUGGGUGGUGGUCCAGGUUCUGGAUGAGAACGAUAACAAACCUCAGUUUCCAGAGAAAGUCUACCAGAUCAAGCUGCCAGAGAGGGACCGUAAGAAAAGAGGAGAACCAAUCUACAGAGCUUUUGCUUUUGACAAAGACGAAGGCCCUAAUGCAGAAAUCUCAUACAGCAUUGUGGAUGGAAAUGAUGAUGGGAAAUUUUUUAUUGACCCCAAAACAGGGAUGGUUUCUUCCAGAAAGCAGUUCACAGCGGGGAGUUACGACAUCUUAACAAUAAAAGCAGUGGACAAUGGCCGGCCCCAAAAGUCUUCAACUGCACGCCUCCAUAUUGAGUGGAUAAAAAAGCCUGCACCCUCACCCGUGCCCCUGACUUUCGAUGAACCCUUUUACAACUUCACCAUCAUGGAAAGCGAUAAAGUGACUGAAAUCGUUGGGGUGGUCUCGGUGCAGCCAUCUAACAUUCCUCUCUGGUUUGAUAUUGUUGGAGGGAAUUACGAUAGUUCUUUCGACGCGGAGAAGGGAGUGGGCACUAUUGUCAUUGCAAAGCCCUUGGAUGCAGAGCAGAGGUCAAUAUAUAACAUGACUGUGGAGGUCACCGAUGGAACAAACAUUGCCACGACUCAGGUUCUUAUCAAAGUGUUGGAUAACAAUGAUAAUGGCCCAGAAUUCUCUCAACCAAGUUACGAUGUCACCAUUUCAGAGGACAUCCUCCCUGAUACUGAAAUUCUGCAAAUAGAAGCCAUAGACAGAGAUGAAAAGCAUAAGUUGAGCUACACCAUUCACAGCAGCAUUGAUACAGUCAGCAUGAGGAAAUUCAGAAUUGAUCCCAACACUGGGGUACUCUAUACUGCUGAGAGAUUAGACCACGAAGCACAAGAUAAGCACAUCCUUAAUGUCAUGGUCCGAGAUCAAGAAUUCCCUUAUAGAAGAAACCUGGCCAGAGUCAUCAUAAAUGUGGAAGACUCCAAUGACCAUAGUCCAUACUUUACCAGCCCAUUGUAUGAAGCCUCGGUGUUUGAAUCAGCAGCAGUUGGGUCAGCAGUCUUGCAGGUCACAGCUUUGGACAAAGACAAAGGGGAAAACGCAGAACUUAUCUACACUAUUGAAGCAGGAAAUACAGGAAACACAUUCAAGAUUGAACCAGUUUUAGGGAUCAUUACCUUAUUGAAGGAGCCAGACUUAACCACAAUGGGACAGUUUGUUUUGUCAGUCAAAGUGGCUGAUCAAGGCUCUCCACCACUGUCUGCAACAGCAAUUGUGCGGAUAUCUGUGACGAUGGCAGAUAACUCCCACCCUAAAUUCACUCUCAAAGAAUACCAAGCGGAGGUUAAUGAAAAUGUGGAUAUUGGUACUUCUGUCAUCUCCCUCUCUGCAAUCAGUCAGUCCACCCUAGUUUAUGAGGUUAAAGAUGGGAAUGUGGAUGGAGUCUUCACUAUAAAUCCAUAUUCCGGAGUGAUCACCAGUCAAAAGGCCCUUGAUUAUGAACGUGCUUCCUUCUAUCAGCUCAUUGUACAGGCAACAAAUAUGGCAGGCAUGGCAUCAAAUGCCACUGUGAACAUUCAGGUUGUUGAUGAAAAUGAUAACCCACCAGUUUUUCUCUUCUCUCAGUACUCAGGCAGCAUAAGUGAAGCUGCUCCUGUAAACAGCAUAGUCCGGAGUGCGAAUAACAGUCCUCUCGUGAUACGUGCCACUGAUGCUGACAGCAACCAGAAUGCUUUGCUUGUCUACCAGAUUGUUGAAUCUACUGCAAAAAAGUAUUUCACGGUAGAUUCCAGCACAGGUGCAAUCAGAACAAUUGCAAAUUUGGAUCAUGAAACAAUAGCCCACUUCCAUUUCCACGUGCACGUCAGAGAUAGUGGGAAUCCCCAGCUUACAGCAGAGAGCCCAGUUGAAGUGACCAUUGAGGUAACCGAUGUCAAUGACAACCCACCAGUCUUCAGCCAGGCUGUAUUUGAGACAGUCUUGCUCCUGCCUACAUAUGUUGGUGUCGAGGUUCUCAAAGUCAAGGCUACAGACCCAGAUUCAGAGAUCCCUCCUGAACUAACAUACAGUCUAAUUGAAGGCAAUAUGGACCAUUUUUUAAUUGAUUCAAGCACAGGGGUACUCACCAUUAAAAACAAUAGCCUCUCCAAAGACCAUUAUAUGCUAAUAGUAAGAGUAUCUGAUGGGAAAUUUUAUAGCACUGCUAUGGUGACAAUAAUGGUGAAAGAAGCCAUGGAUAGUGGGCUCCAUUUCACACAAAACUUUUAUUCCACUUCUAUCUCAGAAAACAGCACCAAUAUCACCAAGAUUGCUGUGGUGAAUGCUGUUGGUAACCGCCUCAAUGAGCCUUUGAAAUACAGUAUACUAAACCCAGGGAACAAAUUUAAAAUCAAAUCUACCUCAGGAGUCAUUCAGACAACUGGCAUCCCCUUCGAUCGAGAGGAGCAAGAGCUGUAUGAGUUGGUAGUGGAAGCAAGCCGUGAACUAGAUCACCUUCGUGUUGCUCGAGUUGUGGUGAGGGUGUACAUUGAGGACAUAAAUGACAAUGCUCCAGUGUUUGUAGGGCUUCCAUACUAUGCUGCUGUGCAAGUCGAUGCUGAGCCUGGUACCCUGAUAUAUCGAGUGACAGCUAUUGAUAAAGAUAAGGGUGAAAAUGGUGAGGUGUCAUACCUUCUGAAGGAAGACUAUGGACAUUUUGAAAUUGAUAGAGGAUCUGGUAGUGUCACUUUAAAAGAAGCCUUCAAUUCUGAUUUGUCUAAUAUAGAGUAUUUGGUUGUCAUUCUUGCAAAAGAUGGCGGUAACCCAUCAUUGUCUGCUUCGGUAGAGCUCCCCAUUACUAUUGUUAACAAAGCAAUGCCUGUAUUUGACAAGCCCUUCUAUACAGCUUCUGUGAAUGAGGAUGUAGAAAUGCACACACCAAUUUUAAGCAUAAAUGCAACCAGUCCAGAAGGCCAGGGGAUCAUUUAUAUCAUUGUCGAUGGAGAUCCCUACAACCAGUUCAAUAUUGAUUUUGAUACUGGAGUUCUGAGUGUCAUCAACCCACUGGACUAUGAAAUGAAUUCUCUUUUCAAGCUGAUGGUGCGAGCCAGCGAUGCUCUCACUGGAGCUCGAGCUGAGGUCACUGUGGACUUGAUCAUUAAUGACGUUAAUGAUAAUCCUCCAGUAUUUGAUCAGUCUGCUUAUAAUGCUACUUUGUCUGAAGCAUCUUUGAUUGGGACUCCUGUACUGCAGGUUGUUGCUAUUGAUGCUGACUCUGACAAUAACAAGAUUGUGCAGUAUCAGAUAGUCCAGGACACCUUUAACAGCACGGAUUAUUUCCAUAUAGACAGCACCAGUGGCCUAAUUCUGACAGCCCGGAUGUUGGAUCACGAAUUCAUACAGCAGUGCAGCUUGAAAGUCAGAGCAACCGAUAAUGGGUUCCCACCACUAAGCAGUGAGGUUCUUGUGAGUAUCUCAAUAACAGAUAUGAAUGACAACCCUCCAAUUUUUAACCAGUUAAUAUAUGAAUCGUAUGUGAGUGAGCUGGCACCUAGAGGUCAUUUUGUGACCUGUGUCCAAGCCUCUGAUGCCGACAGCUCUGAUUUUGACAGACUGGAGUACAGCAUCCUGUCAGGAAAUGAUCGGACCAGUUUCAUUAUGGACAGCAAGAGUGGUGUUAUCACCCUUUCCAACCAUCGCAAACAGAGAAUGGAGCCCAUGUACAGCCUAAAUGUCUCUGUGUCAGAUGGGCUGUUCACCAGCACAGCCCAGGUGCACAUACAGAUCCUUGGGGCCAACCUUUACAGCCCUGUGUUUUCACAGAGUGUAUAUGUUGCUGAGGUUAGAGAAAACGCUGCUCCUGCAACUAAGGUAAUCCAUGUGAAGGCAACAGAUGGGGAUUCCGGUGUAUAUGGCCAGAUAAGCUAUUCCAUAAUAAAUGACUUUGCCAAGGACCGAUUUUUGAUUGAUAGCAAUGGGCAGAUUCUGACAACAGAGAGGUUAGACCGGGAGAACCCACUGGAAAGUGAUAUCGGUAUAUUUUUGAGAGCCCUUGAUGGAGGUGGCAGGACUACAUUUUGCACUGUAAGAGUGAUAGUAGUGGAUGAGAAUGACAAUGCUCCUCAAUUUAUGACGGUUGAAUACAGAGCAAGUGUCAAAGCAGAUGUUGGGAAAGGUUACUUGGUGACCCAAGUGCAAGCAGUAGAUCCAGAUGAUGGAGCCAAUUCCAGGAUUACCUAUUCUCUGUAUAGUGAAGCUUCGGUUUCAGUAGCUGAUCUGCUUGAAAUAGAUCCAGACAAUGGAUGGAUGGUCACCAAGGGUAGCUUUAACCAGCUGAAAAACACAGUUCUGUCAUUCUUUGUCAAAGCAGUUUUUUCUGUGAAGCAUUCCCUCAUUCCUGUCUACAUCCAUGUUUUACCCCCAGAAACUCUUUUGCCUUCCUUUUCUCAACCCCAGUAUUCAUUUACCAUAGCAGAAGACACCCUCAUAGGUAGUACCAUUGACAUUCUGCAUGUUUUGCCUAAUCAAGGUGCUUUGUAUAGCACAGUAAAUGGUGAGCUGACUGAAAACAACAAAGAUGGGGUUUUCAUCAUAGAGCAAGACACGGGGCUCAUAAAACUGGAUAAGAGACUUGACCAUGAGACAAAUCCUGCCUUUCACUUCAAAGUUGCAGCCACCAUUCAAUUAGACAAAGUAGACAUUGUGUUGACUGUGGAUGUGGAGGUUAAGGUAUUGGAUGUAAAUGACAACAAGCCCAUGUUUGAAACGGCUAGCUAUGAUGCUAUAAUAAUGGAAGGGAUGCCUAUAGGGACAAAACUUACGCAAGUUAAAGCGGUUGAUGCAGACUCGAGUGCAAAUGGGCAGGUCACAUAUACACUUGCAGUGGAAUCGGAGCUGGAGAAGAUCAUGGAAGUGUUCACCAUUGAUAGCAACAGUGGCUGGAUCAGCACUCUGAAGGAUCUGGACCAUGAAAAGGAUCCUGCUUUCACCUUUGCAGUGGUGGCCUCAGAUCUGGGGGAAGCUUUAUCCUUGUCAUCAACCACCUUGGUCUCAGUUACUGUGACAGAUAUAAAUGAUAAUGCACCCAUCUUUGAGCAUGAGGUGUACAGAGGGUCAGUGAAGGAGAGUGACCCUCCAGGGGAAGUUGUGGCUGUUCUUAGCACCUGGGAUGAAGACACGUGUGAUGUCAACCGGCAGGUUAGCUACCAUAUUACAGGAGGGAAUCCCAAAGGGAAGUUCGCUCUGGGACUGGUGCAGAAUGAGUGGAAGGUUUAUGUUAAAAGGCCUCUAGAUCGGGAAGAGCAAGACGUUUAUUAUCUGAACAUCACCGCCACAGAUGGCCUCUUUGUAACCCAAGCUGCCGUGGAAGUGACCGUCACUGAUGUUAAUGAUAACAGUCCAGUUUGUGAACAGGUGAGUUAG